GGGCAUGACGUCAUAAGUCUGCGCCGCGCUCCUGCAACUGUGAUUCUGCUAAAGAGAGAAAAACUCCUGGUGAAGCGACUGAGAUCCAUGUGACGCACUAUUAUAAAGAUGGCAUUUAUUAAAGAGGAGAGUGAAGACAUGAAGAUGGAAGAGACAUUCAGAGUCAAACACGAAGAUACUGAGACACAAAGAAAGAUGCCGUUUAUUAAAGAGGAGAGUGAAGACGUGAAGAUGGAAGAGACAUUCAGAGUCAAAUAUGAAGAUACUGAGGAACAAACAAAGAUGGCAUUUAUUAAAGAGGAGAGUGAAGACGUGAUGACUGAAGAAACAUUCAGUGUCAAACAUGAAGAAACUGAGGAACAAACAGACUUGAUGGAGCUGAAACAGGAGAGUCAAAAACUGAAUGAAAGGGAAGAGAAAGAUCAGUGUGAGAAAUUGCAUGAAUUUAUGACUGUGGAAAAAUCUUUUAGUUACUUACAGACUUCUGCAACAGAAACUAGAAACCUCGAGAUGAGAGUUCACACUGGAAAGAGCCCUUUUACCUGCCAACAAUGUGGAAAAACUUUCAUUCGAAAAGACAGCCUUAAAUUCCACUUGAGAAUGCACGCCGGAGAGAAACCGUUCAUAUGCACUCAGUGUGGAAAGAGUUUUACACAGAAAAAAAUCCUUAAUGGCCACAUGAAAGUUCACACUGGAGAGAAGCCUCACACCUGCCAACAGUGUGGAAGGAGCUUCACGAUGAAAGGAAAUCUUACAGCUCACAUCAAAAGUCACACUGGAGAGAGGCCAUUUGUUUGUGAUCAGUGUGGAAAGAGUUACACACAGAAAAAAAUCCUUAAAGCCCACAUGAGAGUUCACACUGGAGAGAAGCCUCACUCUUGCCAACAGUGUGGAAUGAGCUUCAUGGUGAAAGGAAAUCUUACGAUUCACAUGAAAAGUCACACUGGAGAGAAGCCGUUUGUUUGUGAUCAGUGUGGAAAGAGUUUUACACAGAGAAAAAUCCUUAAAAUCCACAUGAGAGUUCACACUGGAGAGAAGCCUUACACCUGCCAACAGUGUGGGAAGAGUUUUACGAUGAAAGGAAAUCUUACGAUUCACAUGAAAAAUCACACUGGAGAGAAGCCGUAUGUUUGUGAUCAGUGUGGAAAGAGUUUUAAAAUUAAAGAUGAUAUUAUUCACCAUAUGAGGAUUCACACAGCGGAGAAAGGUUUUAUAUGUCAUCAGUGCAAUAGCAGUUUCUCAGACGGGAAUCUCCUUGAGAAUCAUGUAAAAAUUCACACCUUAGAGGAGCCUUACAUGUGUCAUCAUUGUGGAAAGAGUUUAACAAACAAAGCAAACCUUGAGGAUCACAUGAGAGUUCACACUGGAGAAAAGCCUUUCACCUGUCCUCAGUGUGGAAGGAGCUUCAAGGUGAAAAGAAGUCUUACGAUUCACAUGAAAAGUCACACUGGAGAGAAGCCAUUUGUUUGUGAUCAGUGUGGAAAGAGUUUUACACAGAAAAAAAUCCUUAAAACCCACAUGAAAGUUCACACUGGAGAGAAGCCGCACUCUUGCCAACAGUGUGGAAGGAGCUUCACGAUGAAAGGAAAUCUUACGGCUCACAUGAAAAGUCACACUGUAGAGAAGCCGUAUGUUUGUGAUCAGUGUGGAAAGAGUUUUAGAUUUAAAGAUAGUAUUAUUCACCAUAUGAGGAGUCACACAGCGGAGAAAGGUUUUAUAUGUCAUCAGUGCAAUAGGAGUUUCUCAGACGGGAAUCUCCUUAAGAAUCAUGUAAAAAUUCACACCGUAGAGGAGCCUUACAUGUGUCAUCAUUGUGGAAAGAGUUUCAGAAACAGAGCAAACCUCGAGGAUCACCUGAGAAUUCACACUGGAGAAAAGCCUUUCACCUGUCCUCAGUGUGGGAAGAGCUUCGCGGUGAAAGGAAACCUUAAGAGCCACAUUAGAGCUCACACUGGAGAGAAGCCGUACAAGUGUCUGCAGUGUGAGAAGAGCUUUAAAUAUCACUCAGACCUGAAACGGCAUUUGAAAACUCAUUCUGAAAAGAAAUAGACAUUUACCUUAGUGUGAUGAAGUUUAGAAAAAGGAGAAAUUCAUCUGCGCAUUCACUCUGGAGAAAGACAAUUCAGUUGUGAUCAAUAUAAUAAAAGAUUUACACUCACUUAAAGGAUUAUUAGGAACACCAAACUAAUACUGUGUUUGACCCCCUUUCGCCUUCAGAACUGCCUUAA